AUGCAUCCGCCCCUCUCAGAGCACAAGCAUCCAGGCUGCUACGACCUCAUUCUUGCUCUCGAAGAAUGCCAUAAAGCAGGUCUCUGGGCCAAAUUCGGUGGGGCAUGCAAUGAACACAAGGAAGCCCUGACGCUCUGUCUACGUGCUGAGCGACUUGCCAACCAGAGAGAAAAUCAACGCAAGGCCAAGGCGAGAAAUGCAAAAGCACAGGCAGCCUGGAAAGUCAUUGAUGACGAAUCUUAA